UGUCAUUUGUGUUUUGGUUCCCGUUUCGGGAUAGGUGUCAAAUUUCAUUUUGACUUAAAAAUAAAUCUAGAAAUCUACAAAUUAUUUUAAGUAAUUGUGAUAAACAAAAUAAAAUAAACAUGCAGAAUCCAAACGAAGACACAGAAUGGAACGAUGUUUUACGUGCAAAGGGCAUAUUGCCCCAAAAAGAAAAGGAAAUAUCCGAAGAGCAAAUAGUUAAUAUGCUUGAACAGACCAUACAGCAAAAACAAGCCGAAAAGGACAAGCAGUUAUCAGAACUGGAUCUUGACGGGCUCGAUGAGUUGGAAGAUUCCGAGGAUGAGGCAGUAAUAGAGCAGUACAGGCGAAAACGGAUAGCUGAGCUCAAACUGCUGGCAGAGAAACCCAAGUUUGGCGAAGUGCGAGAGAUCUCGGGGCAGGAUUAUGUACAAGAGGUGAAUAAAGCCGGAGAAGGGAUAUGGGUUAUCAUACACUUGUAUAAACAAGGGAUCCAACAGUGUGCACUCCUCAACCAGCACCUCAAAGAAUUAGCGGCCAAGUAUCCAUACACAAAAUUUUUGAAAGCCAUAGCUCAGACAUGUAUACCAAACUUUCCAGAGAGGAAUCUGCCAAGUGUGUUUGUGUACUUUGAGGGUGAGCUGAAGAAGCAGUUUGUGGGGCCGCAUGAGCUCAGAGGCACUUCGUUGACAACUGAUGAACUCGAAUACUUAUUGGGACAAGUUGGCGCAGUGGACACAAAAAUCAAAGAAGAUCCCAGACCCAAAAUAAAGGACAAACUAUUCAUGGAUUUGGGCAACAACGAUUGGUGAUAAAUGUUAAGUGUGGAUGUGUGCAAUUCAGUGUAAAUGUGCUUUUAUUUAUUAUGAGAUUAAAUUCAGCUGUAUUUUGUAUUAAUAAAGUAUUGU